AUGUCAAAUUUUGAUCUCAGCGCUGCCUCCCAUAAUUUGAUAUCGGCGGUCAACAUGCUACCAUCCCUACGACAAUUAAAUCUAAUUGGUUGUCGUAUUAAUAAUAUCCCCCUUUCUCUUAAUCGUCAUCUCAACCUCACUACUCUAAAGACUCUUGGUCUUGGUUGGAACAAUUUCAACUCUUUUCCUAACUGGUUGUGGAAUCUCACAGGCCUCUCGUCUCUUCACCUUGAUAACUCUGAAAUUCAAGGGGCAUUGCCUAAUGAAAUUGGAAAUUUAAUUAACCUAGUAGACCUUGAUCUUUCUUGGAAUUUGCUCUCCGGUCCCCUUCCUGAUGCCAUUUGGAGAUUGAAACAGCUAGCAAAUCUCAACAUGAGUUUUAAUUUCUUUGGAAAUUCUUUACCAGUCAAGAUUAUGAAUCUAUCGAGCUUAUCCGAACUAAUGCUUGUUAAUUGCUCACUUACUGGUUUGAUACCCAGUGAGAUAGGAAAUUUGACCACUUUAAAUGCUGUUUCUCUUCGAUCUAAUUCACUAUCUGGACCAAUCCCAGGUGAGAUUUGGAAAUUGGUUAACCUAAAUUUCCUUGACCUCUCUGUUAAUUCCAUCGAGGGUGAGAUUUCUGAACUCCACCUUUCCAAUCUAACCAAACUAAAGGCCUUGUUCUUCUGGCAUAACCCUUUCAUUACCAUAGCAAUAAAGCACACUUGGACCCCUCUUUUUCAAUUGCAAAGACUUUGGCUUGGUUCUUUUAAGUUAGGUCCAAAAUUUCCUGCAUGGCUUCGUACGCAACAAUCCAUCACAGAUUUUACAUUAUACAAUACAAGUAUUGAAGGCAACUUACCUGAAUGGUUUUGGAACUCUUUUCCCAUCAUUGCUUUUCUAGAUCUCUCCUACAAUAAAAUUAAUGGUACUUUGCCAACAUCCCUAGAGAAUUUAACUGAAUUAUCUAUGCUAAAUCUUAGAUCAAAUCUACUUGAAGGUCCAAUUCCUCAUUUUCCACCCAACCUAAAUGGAAUAGACCUAUCUGUUAAUGCCUUCUCAGGACCACUACCAUCAACCUUAUUCAUGCCAUAUUUAGAAUUUUUAUCUCUCUCAUAUAAUCAUGUUAAUGGAAGCAUACCAUCUCAUGUCUGCAAUUCUAGUAUGCUUGAGUACCUUAGUUUAUCAAACAACCAAAUAUCUGGAGAAAUUUCUCGAUGCUGGCAAGAUGGUGGAUAUCUUAGCUAUAUUGAUAUGGGAAACAAUAUGCUGGUUGGAGAAAUUCCAAGCUCCUUUGGUAAUCUGAUGGAACUUGAGUUCUUGCACUUGAAUAAUAACAAUUUAAAAGGACAUCUCCCAUCAGCACUGCAAAACUGCAAACGAUUAGUAACUGUCGAUCUUGGUGAUAACAAAUUAUAUGGAAAUAUACCUUCGUGGAUUGGGCAAAGUUGGAAGCAAUUGCACGUACUUCGAUUGCGCUCAAAUAUGUUUAAUGGCAGCAUUGAUCCACAGCUUGGCUAUUUGAGCGAUGUCCAUAUCAUCGACCUUGCAAAUAACAACUUAUCAGGGGCAAUACCGCAUUCAUUUGGAAAUUUCAUUGCAAUGAUGUCAACAUCAGCAAAGCAACUUCCACGUUUUUUUUCAAUGGAUAUGGAAACUGACAAUAUAACUUUAGUUACAAAAGGUGAACAAUUUACCUUUUCAUCUAUUCUUUAUCUCAUGAAGAGUAUAGACCUUUCAAAUAAUGGUUUGACAGAUGAGAUUCCUGAAGAAUUAGGACAUCUUGUUGGACUCAACACUCUGAAUUUAUCAAGAAACUAUUUUAGAGGCAAGAUACCAGAGAGUAUUGGCAGAAUGAGUUCAUUGGAAACUCUCGAUUUGUCCUUCAAUGACUUAUCUGGGACUAUACCUCAAGGCUUAUCAAAACUAAAUGCUUUGGAUCAUUUGAAUUUAUCUUACAACAACCUAUCAGGAAAUAUUCUCUUCGGAAAUCAACUUCAAACACUGGAUGAUGCAACCAUUUAUAUUGGCAAUCCUAAUAUGUGCGGAGACAUCAUAAAUAAGAGUUGUUUUCAUGGGGAUAAUACCAAUAUGACAAGCGAAGAACAUGCAAUAUUGUCGCCGAUGCUAUCAUUGUAUCUUAUUAGCGCACUUGGAUAUUUAGUUGGAUUGUGGAGUGUGUUUGUCCUCCUCUUAUUUAAGAAAAAAUGGAGGUUCUCUUACUUCAACAAGGUGGAUGAAGUGAAGUUUAUAAUAAAGUUUAUGUUCAACAAGGUGGAUGAAGUUUAUAAUAAAGUUUAUGUGGCAAAGAGAAGAUUGAAUAGGAUAGCGAAUGAUUAG